GUCGACCCAGGUUCGCAGAUCGUCGCCAUGUCGGAAGAGGUCUGUCUCGGCCUCAACCUCCUCUUCGAUCCUACAAUCCAGCUGAACAUGCAAUCGGCGAACGGCGAGGUGGACCGAUCGUUGGGACUCAUUCGAAAUGUUCCCUUCCGCAUCGGUGAGAUCGUAUUGUAUCUCCAGGCUCACGUCAUUCGAAACGCAGCGUACGACAUCCUCCUCGGCCGACCCUUCGACGUGCUCACGCAGAGCGUCGUCAAGAACUUUGCCGACGAGAACCAGACCAUUACGAUACUCUGUCCGAACACCGGCGAAACCGUCACGAUUCCGACCAUCCUCUCGGGUGUCGCCAAUCGCAUUUUCUAG